AUGGUUCCUCCAGCCGCCACCACUCUUCCACCGCUCCGCCUUCUCACCGGCGGGACACUCACCCCCGUGCCCGAUUUUACAACCGAGCAUGACAGCGACAACGAUUCAGUGCUGCAGGGUCAUUACCUCCGGUUUCAAAGAACUUUGCUAACUGCCGUGGAUGCCCGUGUUCAGGAUCUUGAAGCCAAACUUCGAGAGAAUGAGCAUGCGGUGGCAUUGACAGGGGAGGAGAAGCAGGCGGUCGGAGUGGAACUUUAUAAGGCCAAGAAGGAGAUCGGACGGCUUAAUGAUGGCCUUGGCAAGGUGCAGUCUAUUCUGCAGUAUAGCGAAAAUGGCCGCAAAGUCUUGGAAACGGAUAGGGAGGCAGCCGAGCGAGAAAUUGCUAGAAUGAUGCAAGCGAACCGGCAUGUGAGCAGCUCCCUAGAAAUCACUCGGCGACAGCUGGACGACUCUUCUACAAAGCUGAGUCAGAUGAACGAAGUCAACGCUGCAUAUUUCUCUAGUAUCAAAGUGCAAAGACGAGUGGAGGAAAAACUGAAGAAAGAGCUCGAACUGGCAGAGGAAAGAAGAAAAGCCGCUGAGGUUGAAACAGAGGAAAUGAAAAAGAAGUUCGAAGAGCUUGCAAAGAGCAAGAAGGAAGUGGAGGAGACUUUGACCUUGCAGAGGAGCGAAACGACAAUGGCGCAAGGAGCACUCCACAAAAUGCACAAAGAGAUUGCUGAUUUGACUACGUCAAACCGGGUCCUUUCAAAGCAAUGGGAAGAGUCGAUUUCUGCCAUGGCGAAACGAGACAUGACCUUUCAAACUGUAAAUGAUAGUAAAGAGAAGAUGGUGGUUGAGGUUGCGGAUGCCAACAGCGAGAUCAGAGCGCUGAAGAAGGAAAAGGCGGAGGUGGAAAGGAGACUGCGAGACAAGGAGCUCGGAUUAUCCGACAACCUCUCCACCCUCCGAACAUCUCUCUCGUCGAGCGACACCAAAGGGCGCGACCUUCGCAGCGAACUGGUUGAGGCGCAAGUAGCCGAAUCCCUAUACAAGCAACAAUUGGACAAACUUGCAGUGGAUGAGCUGCAGCGCAAAUCGGAAAUGGUGUCAGAUCUGAAAUCGAGACUGGAGAGUGUCAAACAAGAGUUUGAGAACAAAUUACGAAACGAUGUUUUGCUGAACGUGGCGAAACGUGAAGAACAAUUUGAAUCCUGGGCCACCACGGAGGUCGAAGCGGUUACUCGAGACGAGGAGAACAAAACGACUCUGCUACGGAGGGAACAAGCACAACUUCGCUUGGAAAACAACACGCUACAAGAGACAAUCCGCGAACUACGCCAUCAGCUCACCGUGGCAAAUGAGCGGUACGAGCAUAUCAAUGGGCACUACAGUCGUCUUUAUGACGAGUCGAAGCACAUCAUCUACUCUCUCGAAAAAAAAGAGCACGAUGUAAAUGCUCUCAAAGGACGACUAGCAGAAAAUGUCCGAGGUAAGAACGCCUCCCCAUGUACCCCUUUGCUGUAUUCCCAGCUGAAAUCGGAAUGUUUCCUUGCUCGCUGCGGAAUCAGAGGAUAA